AUGGACUCCAGCAACACGACCAGUCAAGGAGGCGCCGGCGGUGGUGGCGGCUCCAAUUCGAGCGACUUCGUGAGUGAUGCCCUCCCGCAGACGCAGACGCGCACGCGCGCGCGCGAGCGCGUGCCCUCCCGUCUCUCCCCCCGCGCGAUCCGCCCUGCUAACCCGCUGCAACAGGUUCGCAAGCUGUACAAGAUGCUGGAAAACCCCUCCGACGAGAGUGUCGUGCGAUGGGGAAACGAGGGUGACAGUUUUGUCGUUUUGGAGAACGAAAAGUUUACCAAGCACAUACUGCCCAAACAUUUCAAGCACAGCAACUUCGCUAGUUUCGUCAGACAGCUUAACAAGUACGAUUUCCACAAGGUCCGGCACAACAACGAGGAGAACGGACAGUCGCCCUAUGGCGCAGGAGCCUGGGAGUUCAAGCACCCGGAUUUCAAGAUGAACAAUAAAGAUGCCCUGGAUAACAUUCGAAGGAAAGCGCCUGCGCCGAGGAAGCCCGCCACCAACGCCGAGGACAUGGUCAUUCCGACGCAGCAGAUGGACAUGUUCAACACGCAGCUGAUGGCGACGCAACAGCAGCUGCAGCAACUGCAGGAGCGUUACAACGAGUUGAGCAUCCACCACUCGAUGCUCCUCCAGGAAUUGAUGGGGAUGCAGAAGACGAUUGUCAACCACGAGCACAUCAUGCAGAGCGUCAUGAGCUUCUUGCAUUCGGUCGACGCUCAACGGAGGAGGGACAGCAGGUUGGUCAACCCGUUCCCCGGGGACGGUUCCGGGGCGCAGAACGGAAACAUGGACCCCUCGAAUCAGCAGAUGCCGUCCAUGGAAGAUGAUGGUCCCGCCUCGCCGCUCCAGCACGCUUCGAAACUGCUCAGCGAAACGAACGCCGACGUGAUGCUCAACCCGCGCAACCUGGAGCACAUGAACGAGCUGGCCAUGCGCAUGAACGGGACCCUCACCACACCACCUCCGGACCUGCUCCGCAACGGCAACCGCCCGGCCAGCCGCAACGCCGCGCCCCACUCGGCGAGCUCUUCCACUUCCAUGCGGCUGGGCGAUAUCGAUUCCCUCGUGUACCCUGUUGGACAGAACAACGGCAUCGAUCCCAUGUACAGCGAACACAUCAACAACAUCCCUUAUCCGAUGCCCACCAAACCCGUCGAAGGCAACAGCGGCGGCGGAGGCGGCGGCAGCAGCAGCGGCAACAACGACCACAGAUUCCGUACCGCGGAGCAGCGGAAGAAGAGCGCUCAAGUCGAUCCGGGUUGGAUCCGGCAGCCUCAGAUCCUGCUGGUCGAAGAUGAUCACACGUGCCGACGCAUCGGGAGCAAAUUUCUCUACGCUUUCAAUUGCGCCAUCGACAGCGCGUUGGACGGUUUGGAGGCAGUCAACAAGAUGAACCAGGGCUCGAAGUACGACUUGGUUCUCAUGGAUAUCAUCAUGCCCAAUCUGGACGGAGUGUCCGCUUGUCACUUGAUCCGGCAAUUCGAUUCGACGCCGAUCAUUGCCAUGACGUCCAACAUUCGUAGCGACGACAUUUCGAUGUACUUUCAGCAUGGUAUGAACGACGUGUUGCCAAAGCCUUUCACGAAAGAGGGUUUACUGCAGAUGCUCGAGAAGCAUCUCGCGCACUUGAAGAAGCCGGGUCACGGCAUGGACGCCAUGGUCCCCCCGGCGGUGCAAGCGCCCCAACCGCUGCCGCAGAGCUCCAACAGGCCAUCUCUCAAGGACGAGGACUCGCCCGCCAAGUCGCCCACGACCGGCAGCAAUUGGAACUCCCCGAGCCAGAUUCCAGGCGUCUCGCCCGUCGGAAGCUCCGUUGCGGAUGAGUAUAUGAACACCGUCCCCGGCCACCCCGGGGCCUACGGAGUCCCGCCCGGUGCUGCACCUCUGCAGGCCGGCAUGCAGUAUAACACGUCACCUCAGUUGGCCAUGGGAGCGCGGCAAGCGAGCGCUCAGCACCGAAGACAGAUAUCUGAAAUAUCCGGAGGAGACGACAUGAACGCACCGAAUAAGCGGCAGCAGCUCUACGCCAACGCACAGCUGCAACCCCAAGCCAUGAAUCCAAUGCAGAGGCCACGAUAA